AUAAUAAAUCCUCACUUGCUUUCGAGUACUCUCUGUGUUCACUUCGCCUGCAAUUUCUUCGUAGUAGCAAACAGCCGGAGAGAUCUACGACGAUGGCGGAUACAGAGACGUUUGCAUUCCAAGCUGAGAUCAAUCAGCUUCUCAGUCUUAUUAUCAACACUUUCUACAGCAACAAGGAGAUCUUUCUCCGUGAACUCAUUAGUAAUUCUUCCGAUGCUCUGGACAAGAUCCGUUUUGAGAGCUUGACUGACAAGAGCAAGCUAGAUGCUCAACCUGAGCUCUUCAUCCAUAUUAUUCCAGACAAGACCAACAAUUCACUGACUAUCAUUGACAGUGGUAUUGGCAUGACAAAGGCUGAUCUGGUGAACAACCUGGGUACAAUUGCGAGGUCAGGAACUAAGGAAUUCAUGGAAGCUCUUGCAGCUGGUGCUGAUGUUAGCAUGAUUGGGCAAUUUGGUGUUGGUUUCUACUCUGCUUACUUGGUAGCUGAGAAGGUUAUUGUGACCACAAAGCACAAUGAUGAUGAGCAAUAUGUCUGGGAAUCUCAAGCUGGUGGUUCUUUCACUGUUACCAGGGAUACAUCCGGUGAGAACCUUGGUAGGGGUACAAAAAUUACCCUCUUUCUCAAGGAGGAUCAACUUGAAUACCUUGAAGAACGUAGGCUCAAGGACCUGAUUAAGAAGCACUCUGAGUUCAUCAGCUACCCAAUCUCUUUGUGGGUUGAGAAGACCAUAGAAAAGGAAAUCUCUGAUGAUGAGGAGGAAGAGGAGAAGAAAGAUGAGGAAGGUAAGGUAGAGGAGGUUGACGAAGAAAAAGAGAAGGAAGAAAAGAAAAAGAAGAAGGUUAAAGAAGUUUCUAAUGAGUGGUCAUUGGUGAACAAGCAGAAGCCCAUUUGGAUGAGGAAGCCUGACGAGAUCACAAAGGAAGAGUAUGCCGCUUUCUAUAAGAGCUUGACUAACGACUGGGAGGAGCAUUUGGCUGUGAAGCACUUCUCUGUCGAGGGCCAAUUGGAGUUCAAGGCCAUCCUUUUUGUUCCAAAAAGAGCUCCUUUUGAUCUCUUCGACACAAGGAAGAAGCCCAAUAAUAUCAAGCUGUAUGUGCGUCGUGUGUUCAUUAUGGACAACUGUGAGGAGUUGAUUCCUGAAUAUUUGAGCUUUGUGAAGGGUAUUGUGGAUUCUGAGGACCUUCCUCUUAACAUCUCCAGAGAGAUGUUGCAGCAGAACAAGAUCCUGAAGGUUAUUCGCAAGAAUUUGGUGAAGAAGUGCGUGGAGCUUUUCUUCGAAAUUGCUGAGAACAAGGAAGACUAUAACAAGUUUUAUGAGGCCUUCUCAAAGAACCUCAAGCUUGGCAUCCAUGAGGAUUCCCAAAACAGGUCUAAGUUUGCUGAACUGCUGCGGUACCAUUCCACCAAGAGCGGUGAUGAGAUGACCAGUUUGAAGGACUAUGUGACCAGAAUGAAGGAAGGCCAGAAUGAUAUUUACUACAUUACUGGUGAGAGCAAGAAGGCUGUUGAGAACUCACCCUUCCUUGAGAAACUGAAGAAGAAGGGCUAUGAGGUUCUUUACAUGGUUGAUGCCAUUGAUGAGUAUUCAAUUGGUCAGCUGAAGGAAUUUGAGGGCAAAAAGCUUGUUUCUGCUACCAAGGAAGGUCUCAAGCUCGAUGAGAGUGAAGAUGAGAAGAAAAAGCAGGAAGAAUUGAAAGAGAAGUUUGAGGGACUGUGCAAGGUCAUCAAGGAUGUGCUAGGAGACAAGGUAGAGAAGGUGGUUGUCUCUGACCGUGUUGUGGACUCUCCCUGCUGCUUAGUCACUGGGGAGUAUGGCUGGACUGCUAAUAUGGAGAGAAUCAUGAAGGCACAAGCACUUAGGGACUCUAGCAUGGCUGGAUACAUGUCUAGCAAGAAGACCAUGGAGAUCAACCCAGAGAAUGCUAUUAUGGAAGAGCUGAGGAAGAGGGCUGAUGCAGACAAGAAUGACAAGUCUGUGAAGGACUUGGUUCUCUUGCUGUUUGAGACUGCCCUCCUCACCUCGGGUUUCAGCCUUGAGGAACCUAACACCUUUGGCAACAGAAUUCACAGGAUGCUGAAGCUUGGGCUGAGCAUUGAUGAGGAUUCUGGAGAUGCAGAUGUUGACAUGCCGGCUUUGGAGGAUCCUGAAGCUGAUGCUGAGGGUAGCAAGAUGGAGGAGGUUGACUAAGUGCAUAGUAGCUUGACUGAUGUUCUAUGGUUCCCCUAGUAUUUCCCUAUUUUUUGUUUUACCCCAUCAACGAACAGUAUGUAUUAGUUCUUAGUGCCAUUUUUUGAGAAUGGCAGUUCAAUGUAGGGUAUAAUUUAUUGGCUCUUUUGGUUUGGCAUUUGUGGUUAAUAUAGUUUUUUUCUUGUUGUCAAA